AUGGCGGAGACUGAUGACAAGAAAAUCGUCGCCAUGACGGGCACCACCCACCAGGAGCCAGAUGCGGGCGAGGUCAUUGAUGCCAGCGACACCUUGAUCGACGAUGGCGUCCGGCGCGCGCUCAAGUCGAGACAUUUGCAGAUGAUUGCCCUCGGCGGUGUCAUUGGACCCGGCACCUUUUACGCGACCGGGUAUGCGCUGCAGUAUUCCGGGCCGGUCGGAGCACUCAUUGGUUAUAUCAUACUCGGCGUCGACGUCUUCUUUGUCACACAGUCCUUGGGAGAAAUGGCGACGUUAUUCCCGACAACGGGUUCCUUCAACGAGUUUGCGGGGCGGUUCGUGGAUCCGGCCCUCUCGUUUGCUCUUGGUUGGAAUUACUGGUACAUGUGGGGCACGAUUCUUGCCAACGAAUACAACGGCGCAGCUCUGAUAUUGACCUUUUGGACCGACAAAUUACCGAAUUACGCAUGGAUCCUAAUCUGCUGGGUAUUGUUCAUGUUUACAUCUCUUCUUGGGGUCUUGGUCUAUGGUGAGAUGGAGUUUUGGUUGGCCUCCUUCAAAUUUGUUGUGGUCAUCAUUCUUUACCUCGUAGCCAUCUUGGUUGAUACUGGUGCCAUCGGAGGCGAGUACAUUGGAUUUUCCUACUGGAAGGAUCCUGGACCUUUCGCCAAUGGUAUCAAUGGUUUUGGCAAAGUCUUGGUCCUUGCCGCAGUCAUGUACUCUGGCACUGAAGCAGUUGCCAUCACGGGCGGCGAGUCUCGUAAUCCGCGAAAGGACAUACCCAAGGCACUGAAGCAAACAUUCUGGCGUAUCCUCAUUGUCUACGUCGGCAUGGUCUUCUUUACCGGUCUGAUCGUCCCCUCAAACUCGGACGCUCUUCUCAACGCAACGUCCAAGUCUGCCGCUUCGCCUUUUACAGUUGCCCUGAACAAGGCUGGCUGGGCGGGUGCUGGCAACUUGAUCAAUGCCAUCAUCAUUGUGACACUUUUAUCGUCCAUCAACUCGGCCAUCUACAUUGCAAGUCGCUGCAUAUUUGCACAGGCCAAAGCCGGGCGCGCACCUGGCUUCCUCGCCAAGACCACAAAAAACGGCGUGCCAGUCAAUGCGAUUGUGCUCACAAACUUGUUUGGUUUGAUAUCGCUCCUAAACAUUUCCGAAAACGCUGGCAAUGUCUUCACAUAUUUACUUGACAUCUCGGGCUCGGCCGCCUUUAUCGCAUGGGCAUUUAUUGGGCUUACUCACCUGCGAUUUCGCAGUGCCCUGAAAGCACAGAACAUCCCGGUAUCAUCACUGCCGUUCCAGUCAUUUGGCUACCCUUAUGUGCCCUGGAUAUUGUUUGUUGGAAACAUCUUUCUCGUCUUCAUUUCCGGGUACACGACUCUAUUGACGCCAUUCGACCUGAAGGGGUUCAUCUUCUCCUACUUGGUCAUCCCGAUCUUUAUUAUCCUUUACGUCGGAUGGAAGCUCUACCAUAAAACAAAAUGGGUCGAUCCCUCUGAAGCAGAUAUGGCUAGCGGCAGAAGAGACUGGCUCGGUGGAGUGGAUGAGGAGUCUUCGGGCACUGGAUUGUUCAAGCGGGUGAAGAAUGUUCUUGUGGGUUGA